UGGAAUUGGAAUUGGAUGUUACACAAGCAACAAAAUAAAUAUCUGUGCAAUACAUCUGCUUUAUGCACUGAAGCAGAGAAGAAAUCCACAAAGACUCACCAGUCUCCUGGCCUGCAGAGAAGACAGAAACAACAUGAGCACAGCAGGAAAAGUCAUCAAAUGCAAAGCAGCUGUGCUAUGGGAGGUAAAGAAACCCUUUUCCAUUGAGGAUGUGGAGGUUGCACCUCCUAAGGCUUAUGAAGUUCGCAUUAAGAUGGUGGCUGUAGGAAUCUGUCGCACAGAUGACCACGUGGUUAGUGGCAACCUGGUGAGCCCCCUUCCUGCGAUUUUAGGCCAUGAGGCAGCCGGCAUCGUGGAAAGUGUUGGAGAAGGGGUGACUACAGUCAAACCAGGUGAUAAAGUCAUCCCGCUCUUUACUCCUCAGUGUGGAAAAUGCAGAGUUUGUAAAAGCCCAGAAGGCAACUACUGUGUGAAAAAUGAUCUGAGCAAUCCUCGGGGGACCCUGCAGGAUGGCACCAGGAGAUUCACCUGCAGGGGGAAGCCCAUUCACCACUUCGUUGGCACCAGCACCUUCUCCCAGUACACGGUGGUGGAUGAGAAUGCAGUGGCCAAAAUUGAUGCAGCCUCGCCCCUGGAGAAAGUCUGCCUCAUUGGCUGUGGAUUUUCGACUGGUUAUGGGUCUGCAGUUAAUGUUGCCAAGGUGGGAAUGACAAUGGAUAAGAAAACUGCUUACAUGCAGACUGUCAGGAACCAAAAAUGCCAAAUAUUCACUUUAUUCCAGAUGGCCUCCCUAUUAUGUUGUCAUGAGGCAUGUGGCACAAGCGUCAUCGUAGGGGUACCUCCUGAUUCCCAGAACCUCUCAAUAAACCCUAUGCUGCUACUGACUGGACGCACCUGGAAGGGGGCUGUUUAUGGUGGCUUUAAGAGUAGAGAAGGUAUCCCAAAACUUGUGGCUGAUUUUAUGGCUAAGAAGUUUUCACUGGAUGCUUUAAUAACCCAUGUUUUACCUUUUGAAAAAAUAAAUGAAGGCUUUGACCUGCUUCGCUCUGGGAAAAGUAUCCGUACCGUCCUGACGUUUUGAGGCAAUACAGAUGCCUUCCCUUGUAGCAGUCUUCAGCCUCCUCUACCCUACAUGAUCUGGAGCAACAGCUGGGAAAUAUCAUAAUUCUGCUCUUCAGAGAUAUUUUCAAUAAAUUACACAUAGGGGCUUUCUAAAGAAAUGGAAAUUGAUGGGAAAUUAUUUUUCAAGCAAAAAUUUAAAAUUCAAGUGAGAAUUAAAUAAAGUGUUGAACAUCAGCUGGGAAAUUGAAGCCAAUAAACCGUCCUUCUUAACCAUUCUACUGUGUCAUCUUUGCCAUUGAGGAAAAAUAUUUCCUGUGACUUCUUGCAUUUUUGGUACCCUCAUAAUCUUUAGUCAUUGAAUCCAGUGGAGGGGAACCUUCACUUGCCCUGAACACACACCUGCUGGGCCACUGUGCUUGAAAUCUCCUACUUCUAUCUCAAUUUUCACUGUCGGCAUUUUCCUUUUUUAAAUAAAAGGUACCAAAUCCCUAGGGUAAAAGCUAUGGUAAGGUAAAGGAUAGACUCAUAUUUACAAGUAGUGAAGGUCCAAGAGUUCUAAAUACAAGAAAUUUCUUGGGAACUGAAAUAAAAUGUCCCACAUUUUACUGCA